AUGGGCAUUGAAGAUUUACACGGUAAGUACACCGCUAAGUUCAUGGAUGGUGUGCCUGCACCGGCGGGCGUGACAGUCGAGUUCAGUGCCGGCGCGAAUAGCGGCGCCGUUCGCAUUCACGCGCGAGUGGUGAACAUCAUGAACGGCGUGUUGAAGGUCAAGGAGAACAAGCUCUCUGGUUCCCUCAUCUCAACGAUGAUGGCGGGCAGCGAUGACUUGAUGGCUAUUGAAGGCAUCUUCCUCCAGGGAUUCACGAGCGGCGUGACAUACACGUUGCGGGAGGAUGGCAAGUUGGUGCUGCAGCUCAAGUCACACACGAUCGAGUUUGUGCCUGCAUAG